CUUUGGGUGUUGUAAGAUCCCGAAGCCUAGAUUCUUCUCUAAAUGUGAUUUUAACUGAAUUUUACCACCAUGAUACUGUUCAAGAAUUAAAUUUACCUGAAUUUGAGGACAAAGACAUAGUGCUCGCUACUAGAAAUUUUUGCAUCAUUGAAGGCACUGGCCAAAAUGAUGAAAAAUAUUCUAUUUUAAAAAACUAUGUGGACCAAGGUUAUGUCAAUCUUAAAUUAACAUGCUAUUAUCCCACUUCUGCACAAUAUUUAACGAAUACAACCGCAGUUAUAAAAAAAGAUUCUGUAGUAUAUAUUAACAGUGAACUCAUGAUAACCGAUGAUGAUAACAUAGUUCAUAUACAAAAUGUUUCGUUUCCAGAGUAUCAGAGAUUAAAUGCAAUUACAAAAAACAACCUGAAUGCCCCCACUAUCACUCAAACUAUAGCAACCAGGGUUAAAGAAAGCACCUGUCGCAAGAAAACCACACCUACCUCUAAACCGUAUCUCAAAACCAACUCUCAUCCAAAAGUUACCGAUCUGGCAAAUGAUCUUCUGAACAAACCUUUGGAUCAAA